AUGCAACACCGAAUUAGAGUGAAAGUGAUUAUAAGAUGGUCAGAGAAGAAGAAAGAUUGGUCUCUUAAGAAAAAAAAGAACUCGAUGCCUAAAAUGAAACACGAUGUGUUCAUAAGUUUCAGGAGCAAAGACACUCGUGACAACUUCGUAAGCCAUCUCAGUGGUUGUCUACGUAGGAAACGUAUCAAAACCUUCUUAUACGACGAACUACCAAACGAAGAGAGAUAUGAAGGGUCGUUAAAAGCAAUCGAGGUAUCGAGAAUUUCAGUGAUUGUGUUCUCGGAAAACUUUGGGGAUUCGAAAUGGUGCUUAGAUGAAGUUGUAACCAUCUUGAAGUGUAAAGAGAGGUUUGGUCAGAUUGUGAUACCUGUUCUUUACCAUGUUGAUCCUCUAGACAUUGAAAAUCAGACAGGAAGCUUUGGAGAUGCCUUCGGUAAGCGACGAGAUAAACCCGAACAGCUACAAGAAUGGAAAGAUGGUUUUGAAGAAGCUAUUAACCUCCCUGGAUGGAGCACCGCACACUUGAGAAAUGAGGAGAUGUUGGUGAAUCAAAUAGCUCGGGACAUCGAGAACAAAUUACUAAGAGCCUCAAGAGCGAAGGUUAUAAUUGAGUGGUCUCUGGUCAUCGCCAACCUCAUACUGGAAAUAGCUUCCUCUGUUGUCGACCAAAUCUCUUCUCCACAUAAACCUUUAUAUGCGUUGGCUGCUAUGUCAAUGUCAUUGUUAUCUUGUAUACUUUGUCUCGUAGAUUUAUUACACAAAGGACGAGUUGAGAGAGUUCUUUGGAAGUGGACUUGGCCUAUUCCUUGGUUUUACUAUCCAACUCAAAGAUCACACAGAUUUGGUAGCUUCCCGGAGAUGGUUGGAUUACUUUGUGCCUUGUGCCAAACCACUACCACUGCCGUUAGCUAUUCAUUCAUCACACAUGGAGAUGAUUCUCCCAUCAAAUUUUCUAUCUGGCCAGUCAUGUUUGCGUUAGGUUUACUUUGCUCUUUGUUGAUUAAAAGAUCUUAG